AUGGAUGCUAAACGGAAUUCAGUUCAAAAUCUUGGAGAAUACGAAGUCUACCUGUUACUACAAAAAGCUAAACUGUUACAAUAUUUUGAUGCAUUUAUAAAUCAUGGUGGUGAUGAUAUUCAACAGUUAACUGAAUUACUAAAAGACCCUAAUGAAUUUGAUCAACUAAUGAAAUUAGUUGGAAUGGACAGAAAGCCAUUACAUAUUCAAAGAUUUAAGAAAGCUCUUGCUCAGCAUGCGUCACAGAAUAACACUUCAUCUACUGUUGAACAAAUAAAUAUUCGUGAAGGAACUUCAAACAGUAUGUAUUCAUUCAACGGAUCAAGAUUAAACAAUGAAGGAAACACUAGUAGUCUAACGCAAACUAGCUGGUGUCCACUUAUACCACCACUGUAUUCAGGAUUAAAUAUAUUUCCAACUUCACCAAUAUUGAAUACACUUCCAACACCACAGUGCGUUUUUCCAACUAAUCUACAGAGUGUAAACCCUUUACUGAAUCCUUGGACGUUAUUUAAUAAUCAACAAAAUUAUUCAAUUCUUCAAGCAUUAGCGAUGGCAAUAACAAAUCAACAACUUAUUACAUCAAGACAAGAUACUGACGGAAAUGAUAAUAAAUUUGUCAAAUUACAAAAUCCCUGUAGUGAAUUAAUCACUUCAACCCUUCCCAAGUUGUAUGGCUACAAUGAAUCACCUGAACAAUCAUUCCAAGAAGAUAACAAUCAUGAUCAAAAUAAGAAUAUGCUAAAUAAUGAGGAAUUAAUUCAUAGUUCCUGUGAAACCAAUCAAUCACCAACACAAAGUACAAUGAACAGUCCUAAGACGGAGAAUAUCAUUUCACCCUUAACACAGACAUUACAAUCAUUACCUUCAGUUAUACAGCCUUCACCAUUUAUAUCCUUUAUGCCAUCACAUAGUAGUACGGAGAUGGAUCUAACUAUGUGUACACAAAUCAGUAUGCCAACGACAAGUAAUUAUUCAGAAGAUUCAUUCAAAGUACGUCCAAGUGCUACACUCAUGAAAUCAGAUUACACAAAACUGGAGACUGCUAUCAGUGCAUUUAUGGCUUAUCUACCUCGAUUUUCUAUAAGGCAGCCCAAUCCACGAAAUCCAAAUGAACAAGAAAUUCAGAAAGUUUUAAAAUUGCCCGAAAAUGAUCCGAAUCGGAUAAAUGGUUUAACAAAACAUUCAAUAAUAUUUGGGCGUACAGAUUCAGGUAAACGUCUAACGAGACCAUUGAGACAUUUUGAAAUUACAAUUAAUGAGAUAACAGUCCGCCUGGUAAAACAGAUCCCAGAAUUAGUCACACAACGAGAACAUUUAUUUCACAUUGCACGUCAAAUAGUUAAUAUUAUGAAUUAUGGCUUAAGUGUCAAUCAGACUGGUCAGGUUACCUGGAAACUGUUGGACAAAGAAGGAUUAGAAAAGUUCAAUGUCGAUUUCAAGCUAUCAAGCUCAGGUGAUGAAUUUACAUUUGAAGCAAAUGAAACUGAUUAUUCAAGCCAGACAUUAUACCAAUUACUUCUUCGACUUAAAAUGGAAAUGCAGAAUGUUGUAAAUAAAGAAGAAAUACUACGUAUGAAAAUCCGUUUCCCAGGUAAAGAUUCAGUGUCAGUAGGAAAUAUGAACAGUCUACGUCGUGAUCUUGAGAAUCUUGUUAACCAACUGCACACAUGCAUUACUGUAACAGCUAAGUAUAUUAUUCUAAUGAGAAGUACUCCGAAUCACGAAUUGGAAACCAAUGAAUCACGAGUAUUCCCCACAAAUGAACACGAUAAUGUUGAUCAAAAUAAUCAUGCCAUUCUCAGAAAAUAA